AUGGCAUUUUGUUCGCUGAGGGCACUGGAAGCAAAUGAUAAGGGAGAUUAUUUUCCCGUCUUUGGGACGUGCUUGGGUCUGGAACUUCUAGCCGUGAUCGUCAGUGGCAACCAUUCCAUCCUGGACGAUUACAACGCACACAAAGCUGCUGGAGAGCUAAACUUCGUGGGCGACUGGGCCAAAGAGCGCAGCAUGUUUACCUGGUUUCCUAAGGACAUUCUGGAUAAGGUGGAGCACGAGAAGCUUGCAAUGCAGAAUCACAUGAAAGGUCUAUCUCCACAGACUUGGAGAGACACACAGAGCCUUAGAGAUUUCUUCGACGUGCUAACUACAACUCCUGACCUGAAUGGAAAGAUAUAUAUUUCGAGGAUUGAAGGACGCAAGUAUCCAGUAACUAGUGUGCAAUGGCAUCCCGAGAAGAAUGCUUUCGAAUGGGGAUAUGAAGGAAUACCUCACUCUCCGGAUGCCGUUCGAAUUACACAGAGCGCUGCGAGCUUCUUCGUCAGCGAGGCUCUGAAGUCAAGCCACACAGCUUCUUGGGAAGAAGAAGAGCAGCUAUUGAUCUACAACUAUUCGCCAAUGUAUUCUGGACGAGACGGGAAGGGACACUUCGAUCAAUCUUACGUCUUCUGUCUGAUAAUACAAAUACUGUUAUUUUAUCUGAGAUGGGGCUUCAUGCCCAUAGCAAUGGCCUAUGCUAUGCUUGGGCUCACGCAGCAAGAGCUUGCACAGAUGACAAGCAUGGGGCACUGGUGGAUGAGCCCCGAAACUCCGACUCCACAGCCCCAGAUUCACAAGCUCUCCAAUCUCGACUUCCACAUCUCCUUUGAGAAUUACACCAAGCAAGUCUACUAUUUUCCGCCAUCUAGCAGGGAUGAUCUUGUUGCGAGCUUGAGAGCUUCGCUGUCCAGAGUGCUUGCCCCGUUUUAUGUCUUGGCAGGGCAGGUGUGCAGGGUGGAAGAUGGUCACAAGCUGGAGGUGGAUUGCAAUGACGCUGGCAUCUUGUUUGUGGAGGCGGGUGCCCCCAAUGCCAGCUUCAGUGAUUGGAAAAGCAUGGCAUCUUGCUCCAUCGAGCAGCAUCUCAAUCCUUCGGAAGUGGCCAUCACAGAUCCAGACACUGCUCCGGUCUUCAAAGAUUAG